UGCAUGUACAAUCUAUAUAAGCCAGAACCUGGUUAAAUUUAAUCAGUUUCCGGGAAAUUUCGAUGUCUGAGAGAUAUUGUGUUGUUUGAGGAUGAUAUAUGAAUGAAAAUUUCUCUGAUAGAGCAGAACAUUUGAUUGCUAUCACAAGGAUGGAGGCACAGUUGAACUUCCGCCGCAUCAUCAGUGGAAGUUAUUAUCUUUGUUUGAUGGCUGCUUUGAGCGUGCUGGUGGCGGAUAACCACACGGAGGCCUUGCCAGCGGGCGCAAGGCGAGCAGCAUGCCGUGGCCUACCGGCAGGCCUGCAGUCAGAUACCGCUGACGAAGUCGUUGGAGUUACCGCCGAAGGACAGAUUCAUACGCAGCGUUUUGAGCUUAAUAGCUACACGCCAGGACAACAUGUUAUUGUUUCCGUUCUGGAAGAUUCUCCGGACAAAGAUGCACACAGCCGCCCAUGGGUCAGGCAGUACGCCCUCCAGACUAUCGGCGGUGUAACUGGUCAAACGUUCGGUCGAUUCAAAGCGUUGACAGAUGCCACAAAGCUCCACCACUGCGGAACAUUGACCAUACUCCGUGACGAGAAUCAAGGAAACAACGGCGUUGCGUUUGCAUGGCUUCCGCCGCACGAGGGCGAUGUUCAACCCGUCACUAUAAUUGUGGCCAAGGUGUAAUUGCGUUAGACAUGUCUGCCUAUCAGAGAGAAAUACAAGGUACCAAAUCUACGGAUUGUUUGUGUCGUAUUCAGUGAGACAACAUAAUAUGGCUGUAAAUAACUUUACAAAAUAUUUGUAUUUGGAAAAACACAGUUAUUUAUUUUUUGGAAUGGUAACGUUGCUCUCCAUCACAAAAAAAGGAAAAUAGUGCAGUAUUACAUUAAUUUCAGGUUUACUUUUUUUAUAAGUUUAGGUCGAGUCUUCUCAGCUAAUGAACUCAUUGAUUUUUUGUGAAAUAAACUUUUUGUAGAUGUAUUGUGUUUUUACCGCCACUUUGGUGAAAAGUAACCACUUUGAUAAUCUUCCCAACUGUUAACCUUAAAUGCAUCUCCUUCCGGUUUAUAAUAACGUGACUGAUUUUAUACUUGAAUAACGUGUUAUGUUAUACAUAUUACAGUUUUUCAUUCAUUGUAAUUUUACUGCAGUUGUUACUGUUAGCUUUUCAACAAGUCCGCAGCGGAUCGACUAUACCGUCUAGAAAGUGAAUAACAUUGAUGGUUCACAUGCACACGCAGCAUUCACUGUUUGCAUGAUCUGAGUGUACCAGCGUUAACGAGGCAACAAUGACACCUUAUGGUCACACUCAACUCAAUAUUUUUCUGCAACCAAGUAUAGUCACUAACCUAGAUAAAUUUCAAAAAUAAAAGACCUAAAGCACUGGGACACAAAAUCGCUUCAACUUCCCCAAUCACGCGAUAUCUUUCACACAUGCACACAUGUCUAUUAUUAACUCAAAGAACCUGCUUUUAAAUUCUGUAAAAAAAAAAAAACAUUAUUAAGAGCAGGUAUAAGUCACACAAAAUAGACACAAAUAUCAUAAAUCGCAACAAGAAUUUCUCGUCUGCUGCCGAGCUCCUCAUCAGCCGGUCUGUUUGUUUGUUUGUUUAUUUUUGGUAUCCUGUUCCUGCUAGCCUUGUGUCUGUACAAAUAAUGAAGAAUAAAAAGAACUAGAUCUGUAAACUUUUCUCCAUAGCACAAUAUUAUGUACUUCUUAUCUUUGAAAUAACGAAAUGAUGAACAGUAGACGGUUAUAAAUAAUUCUAUAUUUUGGUUUCUGCUUGUAAGACUGUUAAUACGUGUUGGCAGUAUUUUAAAAUAAAGGUUGACGGUUA